AAAAGUUACAUCUCUGUAUUAUAACCACUCCGAUUUCUUUUUAAAUACUUUUUGUAUACAGAUAAAAUGGCUACAGCUCUAAAGACGAUCAGCUCGCUCGAGUGUGACAUAUGUCACGAUAGAUAUGAACAGCCUAAGAUGUUAGAUUGCCAGCAUAGCUUUUGUACGGAAUGUCUGGAGAAAUACUACACUAGCAGGUAUGAAGGGCAACGAAAGAUUCCUUGCCCUUUAUGUCGACGGGAGACGGUACUUCCAGAGACACAGAUUCGAGGCCUGAAAACAAAUUUCCAUUUGAUGGGUAUAGUUGAGGAGGUCUCACUCCAAGAAAAGGUGGCUUGUUCAGAAAACACAAAGGUCAUCUGUGAGAUUUGUGAUGCGGGAAAUGAGGCCAUGCAUCGAUGUCUGGACUGUGCACAGAAUAUCUGCCCAAACUGUCGCAAGAUACACUUGCGAUGUACUGCUACAUCAAACCAUACAAUGGCUACUUUGGAGGAUAUUCGUCAGGGGAAGGUAACAGUGAAAAAAAAAACAGAAAAAGAUGAGUCUAAAUGCCACAAACACAAGGGGGAAGUGAAACGCUUUUACUGUGAGACAUGUGAAGAGUUAAUUUGCCGAGAUUGUACUGUAGUAGACCACUGUAAACCAGAGCAUCACUACAUUGACUCUGGAGAGGCUUCUCGCAAAUACAAACAGUCACUGAAAGAUAUGUUUUCAGACUUCACCACAGGCAUCAAAAGACUUGAACAAGCUUUGACCACUUCAUCACAAGCUAAGCAGAAGUUUACACAGAAAGUCACAAAGACUGUGAAAGCUGUGAAAGACAAAGCGGAUAAAAUGAGAGCUGAGAUAACAACUCAAGAGACAAAGAUGAUUGAAGAAAUCAAACAACUCCAGCAGGAUCGCAACAAAACAUAUGAUGAGCAUCAAAACACACUUACAUUGAUGCUACAAAAUAAACAACAUUCGCUGGGGACAUCCCAGGAUAUCAUAAACACUGCAUCUGACAGUGAUUUUUUGUCCCUAUACCCUAUCAUCAGCAAAGACUUGAAAUCACUCAAGAGUCAAAAUCCUCCCCAGAUUGAUCCCAAGCUUUCAUAUCUGAGCUUCACCCUGGGUCAGAGGAUUGGUGACAUCAAUCUGGGCAAGCUUGAGGUGGAAGCAGUCAAGUGGGAGAUGUGUCGUGAGUUUGGUACAAAGGGAAGUGAUCCAGGAAAGUUCAAUGGAGCUCGGGAUGUUACUGCUACUCAACCUGGUGAGAUUGCUGUGGCAGACAGUUUGAACAACCGAGUGGUCAUUUGCAGCAAUGAGGGACAACACAAGGGAACCAUUCCCGUACAAUGUCCACUGGCAGUUGCAGCCAUCCACAAUCCUGAGCAACGCUUGCUUGUGUUGGAAGAUGGAAGCAAGUAUGUCAAGGUGUUCAACAUGAAGGACAACACUCUUGUUAUGCAGUUCCCAACAGUGUCUAAACAUCAGGUAGACAAGACAAAAGUGAACCUAUCGAGUCUAGCAGUAACAAAGAAUAGCAUCUUAGUAGGUGACAUCGACAAUAUGGUGUGGACUGAACACAAACCCACCAAUGGUGAGAUCCUACACACCAUACCAGUGCAGACUCCACCUUGGUUCCUGGCUGUUGAUGAUGACACUGAUAGAGUUGUGGUCAGUGGAUGGAACACAGAGAAAGUGGACAUUGCUGAUAGCAAAGGUAAAACACACGCCACAUUUCAUCCAACCAUUAAUGGUAACCCAGAAUGGUGCCGUGGUGUAUGCUGUGACAGCUCAGGCAUCUACCUUGCAGUGAACAAAGGUGAGCCUUACACUGGUCAUAUUCACCACUAUGACCUAGAUGGCAGGUUUCUUGAUUGCCUGGCUCAGGGUCUGCAUUUACAACAGGGAAUGAGAUUCACAUCAGAGGGCCAGCUGGCAGUGGCUGAUUGGUUCUCAAUCAAGAUGUUUCACAAGGUGUGAUGUCAUCCAACAUGACACUGACUAGCAAUCAUCAUCAUCCCAACAGCAAAUGUUGAGGAUGAAAUUGUCCAGUCAUUACAGCACCAAUCAACGUUCAUGUCCCACUCAUAUCACAUCUCUCCUCAAAAAUCCAAACUGCCAGAUCCCUCUGAUGUGAACCAUUUU